GAGUGCGGCGUUGCCCGGUGGUCGCUGGCGCGACGCGGCAGGAAGCAGAUCGACGCCCUUAACCUUGCGGGCGUUGUUAGUAAACAAGCUGGAACGUUCCCAGCCCACACAAGAUUAUGUAAAUGCGGCGGCGGUGGUGGGACCAGUCAGGUGAGGCGCAGCCCUGCAGGUGCCUGAAGUAUGGACAGCGUCGCCGAGCGCAAGCUGUCGCUGGUCUCGGUGCAGUGCCGCAUCUGCUACGACAACGACAAGGACGAAGYCCUGAUCGCCCCCUGUCAGUGCAAGGGGAGUGUGGCCUUCGUGCAUCGCACCUGCCUGGAGAACUGGCUCAGCGAGUCCGGGACGUCGACGUGCGAGCUGUGCCAUCAGCCCUUCAACACCGAGCGCACGCCCAGGUUCUCGUCGUCCAGGUCCGUUUGGUACUGGCUGCGCCACGGGCCCCGCUACCCCGGCACGGGCGUGCGGGGCGACAUCAUCGCCUGCAGCGUUAUCACCCCGUUGGCUGUGGUGGUGACGUACGUCUGCCUCUACUCCUCCGAGUACUACGGGCAGCAGAAGUUCUCCCAGAUCCCCGCCGCCAAAUGGACGUCGAUCUCGCUCCUGAUCAUGAUCGCCAUCAUGCUGUUCGGGUACUACCUGUGGGUGCAUUCGGUGGUGCGGCUGCAUGCGCGCAUGUGGUACAGCUGGUGGCAGCGCUCCUGCGUGGUCCGGUACAUCCCGCCCAGCACCAUCUCGCUCCAGCCGCGCGCUCUGCAGCAGAGCGCGCCGACGCCCCACAACACCCCCAAUCUGCUGGGGGCGCUCAGCCAGUCUGCCACCAAUGUGGAGGCGCCCCAAAACGACACUGUGAUCGACAUUGAGGCCCCCUGUGCCAGUUUUGAUGAACUAGAUUUGAAGCGAUUUCGGCAUGCUGCACAGCCUGUACGAGUUCAAGGCGUCCUACGCCAAGACGAUCAGCUUCAAGGCGAACGAGUUCUUCAUCCUGCAGCAGACCAACACGAAGCACAAGAACUGGUGGGAGGUGAUCAACGAGCGGGGCGACAUCGGCUACAUCCCCUCGAACUACGUGGAGACGGUGAGCGUCCACCCCGGCUUCUACGCCAAGUUCCUGGAGAACGCGCUGGAGAACCUGCGGAGGCGCGACGGCGCCCCCAAAGGGGACGCCAUGGAGCGGCUGCAGCGACUGGCGGAGCAGCGGGGGAGCAAUGGGGCGCAGUCCUACAAGGGCGGCCUCCAGGAGGAGGAGGAGCCGAUCAAGCCGGUGACCAAGAGCCUGGACAGCAUCCAGAAGAGCAUCGAGAACAUCCACGAGGAGGUCAAGUCGGAGAUCUGCGAGGCCCAGCAACGGUGAGUGCUGCGGCAGCCUCAAGGGGGCUCUGGAGCGCGCUGUUUGCUUGCAGGGCGGAGCCGGGCGAGGCGAAGCGCAGCGCUUCGCCCGUGAUCACCGCCCAAUCGGUCUACGAGCUGGUGGAGAGCGUGCGCAUCAACACCAACCUCUCGCAUGAAAUGUCCAGGAUCGCGCUGGAGACGGUCGUCCAUGGGCUGCACGAGCUGCUGCCCGCCUCCAUCUUCCCCUACCUCAGCACCAUCCUGUCGCACUCGCAGUCCUGCCUGGUGGUGGACGACGGCCAGAUCGAGCAGACGCACGACGCCAGUCGCCUCAAGAUCAUCUUCACCGAACUGACCAGCUGCAAGGAGGACGCGCAGCAGCGCAGCUGGAUGCUGCACGAGGACGAAACCGUCAUCAAGGAGUACAUCACGGAGCUGAUCUCCAUCCUGUCCAACGCCGACACCAGCAUCUCCAGACACGUCAUCUCCCUGGAGCAGUACCACGUGAUCGGCACCCUCAUCCAGUACUACCAGAUGGAGGCGCGCUGGUCCAUCCGGCAGCUGCUGCUGCAGGCCUUCGGCGUGCUGUGCAGCCUGGACAAGACCGUCAUCAGCAUCAUGCUCACCUCGGUGCUGCCCAGCGAGCUGGCCAGGGACAUGCUGUCGAACCCGCGCAACAUCCCCAAGCUCAACUACUCCUCCCUGCUGCUCACCAUGGUGUUCUCCAUGGGGGAGCCGAUGCCGGUCACCAGUCAGGACUACCUGGGCCAGGACUUUCUGCGGUUUGUGCUCGACAACAUCGAGGCGCCCCCCGACACCGACCUGGACGAGCAGAUCCCCGAUCUCUUCCUCAACCUGCUCAUCUCCUUCAACCUGCAGUUCGACGAGGAGACGCUGAACCCGCUCCUGGUGGCGCUGGACGAGCGCCAAUCGGCCAAGGCCUUCAGCGAGAAGAUCCUGCUGCUGCUCAACAGAGAGGAGGACCCGAUCAGGAUCUUCGACCAUGAGCCGGCGCCGCCCCACUCGCUGCUCAAGCUGUUCAAGGACCUGUUCAGUCGACGCUCCACCUCCCAGCUGUUCUACACCAAUGACAGCAAGGUGCUGAUUGACAUCAUCGUGCGCAACAUUGCCGACCUGUCGCCCGGCGACCAGCGCCGCCACGACUACCUGGAGCUGUGCAGGCGCGUGCUGCGCAACACCAACUACCACGAGCAUCGCCAUCGCAGCGAGGACAUCCUCAAGUGCUUCACGCGCAUCUUCUGCGAGGAGAGCGCGCUCAGCAAGCGCGACCAGUACCUGCUCAAGGAGAUCUUCGCCGAGUUUCCGCAGUAUUUCAAGUGAACCCUGAUGGAGGUUUCCCAUUUUUUCAAAUUCCAGCGAAAAGACACCUUUUUAGCCAUUACGUGAUAUUCUAGCAUUUUCCAAUAUAUAUUUUUACGCGCU